AUGAGCUUGGAUACGGAGAAAACACGAAAAUUAUUUUCAUCAAUUAUACAACGUCCACCACUUACUGAUCAACUUUUACAACGACCACCAUUUAAAUUUUUGCACGAUAUUAUUAAGGAGACAAUACAAAAUACAGGUUUCUUAGCAAAUAUUUAUACUGCAAAUGAAUUAGAUUCAUCAAAUGUUGUGGACAAAAUGGCUAAAAUUGAGUUUUUACAAAAAUUAAUAAAAAUUUUAAAUGAUGAUGGAUUAUUGAAAAAUGUGAAAGCAGCGAAAAUCGUAGCUGGAAAGGAACCGGAACAAACAAAUUUGUUAUUGCAAAAAUUGGCUAUUGAAGCCUCAAACUUCCAUAUAAAAUUAUUACCUUCUGAUAAGAAGAAGAAGGAGAAGAAGCAGCAUAAUAAGGAUGAUAAUGAAUCCAAAGGAAAAUAUAAAAGAAAGGAAGAUAAAGGUUCGAGAGAAAGGAAAGAACACUCUUCGAAUGAAAAAUAUGGAGAAAAACACAGUUAUGACAAGUCUAUAGAGGAAACUAAAGAAAAAACGCGUCAAUCAAGCGAAAGGAGGAAAGAUAAGCAUGAUAAGGUUGAUCAAAAAAGGACGCCAAAGAGUCGCGAUAAAAGUGAUUUAGAAAAGAAAAAGAAAAAAAUAAAAGAAUCAAGCCUCGAGAAAAAUGGAAGCCAAAUUACCAAAAGGAAAAUAUCAAAUAAUGAUGAUACAAUUGGAUCAAAGCCAAUAAAUAAUUAUAAUACCGAAGAAGAGCCCUCAGGUACCGCGAAGACCGAGGAUAGCGGCAUUGCAGAUAUCAUGUAUGCUGAGAAUAAUGUGUUAAAUAUUCAUCAGGUACAAGGAGAAUCACUUAAAUUGCUGACUUCUGGAAGGCCACAAACAUCUAUGGGGCGCCCAGGAACUGCUGUAGCUCGACAGGCCCCACCUAAAAUACAAAAGAAGAGGAUCGAAGAUAGUGCACCAAAAAUAGAAACAAACCAGUCAAACCCAACAAUUAUUGAUGAAAGGAAAGAUGAUGGUGGAGAAGAAUUUAUUAUUAAUGUAGAUCCGUUUCUUUCAUCUCAAACUGAUGAUGUCGCUCAGCUUUCGUUAGAUGAACAUGGUGCUCUGGUUCGAAAAAUUCUGGAAACGAAGAAAGAAUUAGAAGCUGGUUAUGUUGUGGGCCAAACGACAAAUUAUGCAGAAAUAAACAUCCUUGACGAAAAUGAGCGAGAAAAAUUCAAGAAAGAAAAAUUUUCCUUUAAGGAAGAUAUCGAAAGUAUGAUGAAAGAAAUGGAAGAAUGGCGAAAUGAAACCAAAAGGAAUAAUGCUGAGUUACGUGAUUUUCAAACCAGUUCCAAUGAUAGUUCGGACUUGUUAAUGAUGAAACUUAAUGAACUUGAUGAAGAAAUUCGAGAAGUGAGAACGACUAUUGCAAGAGUUAAGGCAAAUGUUAUUGCUAACGAUGAAAAAAUUCAUUCAAUGAUGUUGAAUUUGUAA